AUGGAGCCCUCCGACCCUCUAGACUCCCAAUGGAUCUCCAUCCAUAUCCGCGACCGUCUUGAAGACCGUGAUAUCAAUAUCCGGGAUUCCCUUGUUACUCCCGGCGACUUCCACUCCCCCGACGACCCCACCAAAUCCCUCACCGAAUCCACCAUCGACAAAAUGGUCAUCCCCUCCAACGGCCUCGGCGAAGUGUGCGCAACGGGCCGCCGCGGAAGCGAGGGCUGGCUCGACCUCUUCGACGGCGACAAGAAGAUCUGCGAGCUGCACUGGGACAACCGCAGCGAGCAGUACAUGAACGAUUUCGAGGUCCUCGACGGCGAUGAGGAGUACAAGGUGGAGUGUUCUGGUUGGAGCUCGGCCAAGGGGCCGUUGGGGCAUGUCUUUGUGGAUGUUUCCAAGGCGGAGAGGACGGGCAAGGGGAAUGCGCAGAGGGAGUUGGGGGGGUUGCGGGUUAUGGAGGGAGAGAAGGUUGGGAGGCGUAGUCCGGGUGUUGGGGAGAGCUCGGUGUAG